AUGACCGACCACCUCGCGCGCCUGCCUGUCGAGCUCGUCUUCAUGAUCUGCGAGCUCGUGCACGAGUCGGGACAAGGGCCGUACCUCGCGCGCCUCUCAAAGGCGUUCGUGCCUGUCGGGCGUCGUCUCGCGUUCGGCAAGGUCCAGGUCAAGAAGCGCGUGCAUCUUGAGCGCCUGUGCAAGGUCGUCGACUGGUCCUCGGACGUUGGCGCCGCCAUGGUCGGCGUCGCGCUGGACAUGGUCGAGGACGACGCCGUCGUCGGGCCUACUCGAGUCGAGGUAUCGUCUUUCCUUCGCCGCCUCGUCAACGUUGAGGCGCUCCACAUCGACAACUCCCCGAUGGCUGUCGGCGUCGUUCUCGAGGCCGCAGACGACCAAGCGCCUGUACUGCCUCGCCUCGUCAAGCUCCGGAUCAAGGGCCCACCAGACGGGCCGACCAGCCUGUUCGACCCGAACCACUACCGCAACCUCCACAAGUACACUCGGCUCCGCGAGCUCGAACUGCUCGCGGCGAAUGUGGCGCCCACAAGCAUGUCGAGCACCGAGGUGUCGGCGCAGCCGCUCCUCUCCCCGAUCACCCUCCUCGCCCUGGGCGGCAACUUGAGCGGCGAUGAAGCGGCAUUCAGCCUCUUGUCAAGCUUCGCCUCGGUCACACACCUCGCGCUCUGCGACUUUUCGCCCGCCGGCCCGCCGCAGGACCUGUCGCCCCUUCUCGACGCCGUACAGGCGCCCGCGCUCGUCAAGGCCCUCGUGCUGGUGCAGGGGGCGCCCGGGCCCGGCCUCGCCGCCGACUCGCUCGUCCGACUCGUCAACCUCGAGUCAAAGAUCGGCUUCCACGCGUGGACACCGACGUUGAUCCCGUCCUUCGCGUCGCUCCGCCACCUGUCCACCGUUGGCCUCGUGGCCUGCGUCGGCCUGUCGAUCGCCGACCUGGACGACCUCUUUUUCAACGAGGAGCUGCUCGCACACCUCACGCACGUGGACCUCGCGCGCGCGCCCGGCGAGGACGAGGGCGAGCCCGCCGACGAGGACUUGCUGCCGAGCGCCGACCUCUUCGCGCUCGCGGUCGGGGCGCACUUCAUCGGGGUUCUCAUGCACGGCACCCUCAUGGACCGGGUCUACGCUGCGGGCAUCGCCUUACUCGAGGCGCGCCAGCAGGAGCAGGAUCGCGCCGCAGCGCAGGAGGAUGCGGGCGCGAGGGUCGGUGCGGCGGCAGGAGCGGCACCCGGGCAGACGGGCGCGAGCGAGAUGGACCCGCUGCGCUCCCGCCAACUCGCCGUCCCCGCCGGCCUCUCGCCAACCUCGUCUCGCGGGCCAUCGCUCGACGGAGCCGCCUCGUUCGGGUCCAAUCCCUUCCGCGACCCGUCCCUCAACGCCGCGUCGCGCGACGCCUCGCUCGACCUCUCCUCUCGCGACCCCUCGUUCGACCUCUCGUUCGCCUCGAUCCACUCAGGCUCGCCCUCCGUCUCGCCGCCACUCUCCGCAGUCAGCAGCAGAGCGCAACCAGCUCCGUCGCAGGGCCGACCAGGACUCGCGACCCGACCGAGCGAGGUGUCGCGGCAGCUCGCCGACGCGUUCAAGGAGGACCUGCCCCGGGUGUCCGAGGAGGCGAGCCCGAGCCCGCCAGUGUCGCGAGCGUCGAGCACCAACAAGGAGUCGAAGAGUGGGCUGUGGUCGCAGUUCCGCACCGGCUCGGGUUGGUUCGCCCCGCUCGUCGAGGCCGACCAGCCGAUGACUCGGGAGGAGCGAGCCGCGGCAGAGAAGGAGCGCAUCGAGAAGCUUAAGGAGGGGCGGGCGUCCAACUCGUCGAGGAGGCCCGGAUUGAUGAAGCGCAUGUCGAGCGGUGUCGAGAUGGGCUUUGCGCGGUCGCGGUCAGGCAGCCAGAGCACGAUCCGCAAGGGCUAGAGGGCCGUCUGUGUCGAGGAGCCAGUGUCCAUAGUCCGUCGAUCAUGUAGCGAUCCCCCUUCUUGCCCUUAGCAUUCCCCGGCAUACUCUAACGCUUAAUAGCACGCUGUACCUUCGUGAUCUGACCCGUUGCCGCCG